UCAGAGUCAGGGCUUGUUGAAUUAUUUUCUUUACAGCGUACUGUAUUAGCAGAAUAGAAUAGAAAAGAAAACUGAAGAUUGGAUUUUGAAAAGGAAAAAAAGAAAAACAACUGGGGGGACAGGCGCGAGGGAGAGAGAAGCGUAUGUUUUUUUUAACCCGCAACGCCAGCGGAAGGAGGAUCUGAAAGCUUCGUACCAACAAGCGUGACCCCAAAAAAAUGCGAGGUAUAUCCCCUGACCAAGAAUCAGUUGGGUCUGGGACAAAGAGGUCUAGUGUAUCAUCAGGCAGCAGGCCUCGAAAUCAGAAGGAAUUUUUCUAUAGAUUUCUUGAGAGUGACAACUUGACUGAAAAACUUGUGGACUGGUUUGAAUCUCUAGCAGAAAGAUGUGCACCAAAACAACAUGCCUUCGAUGUUCCUUUUGAGCUGAUAGAACUACAAAAAUUUGAUUAUGCACUGGAAGGCAUUUCAUUUCAACAACUAAUACGCAUGCCUAAUGCUGUUCAUGCUUCUACAUCUGAUACUGUAGAGGCUACUGCUUAUCUUGCAAUUGAAGAUUUUCUGCAUGCAAGCGUGAAGGGCUUAUGGGAGGCUUUUUGGAGUCAAGAUGACCCCAUGCCUUUUUCAGUGGCCUGUCUGUAUAAUUCCAACAUGAAGUUUUAUCAGGCUGAGAAGGCAAUUGCUAAUGGAAAGCUUGGAGGUCUUUGUGCUACUGGUAUACUACUCAAUAAUCCUAGACAUCCCCAUGGAAAAUGGGAUCAUGUCCUUGAAAUAGCUCUUUUAAGGCCUGAUAUCAAAAGUCUGGAGGGCAGGGACUCCAGGCCAUCUUCAUCAAUUCUUGGGGAUGCUCUUUUCUGUGCUCUUCGCAUGCUCUUGGCUAGAAGUUUGAGCAGGCUGAAUUUCUUUGAGGAUCCAAACACAGUCUUUGUUGUUCUAGUUGAUUCUCAAUAUGGUGGAGUUGUAAAGGUUGAAGGAGAUGUAAAUAAACUAAAUUUUGAUACAAAUAAUGUUUAUGAAUGUGCAGCUGAAUGGGUGAAAAAUCAUUCAAGAAUUGCUGUUUCUCCCAUUGAUAGAAUCUGGAACAAACUCGGAAAUGCAAACUGGGGGGACAUUGGUGCUCUACAGGUGCUGUUUGCAACCUUCCACAGUAUAGUGCAGUAUGCUGGACAACCCAAGCACUCUAUUGAGGAUUUAGCUGCUGAUCACAGUUUGCGUCUCCAAACGAGAAGAGUGGAUAGGCAAUUAGGGGAUACCAGUGUGAAUGAAAAUGGUCUAUUCCGACAUCAGCAGAGAAGUGUUUCCCCAGAAAUUGUUGAAGUUCGUGAGGAUUCUGUGAGAAUUGAGCCCAAAGAGUCAAUGAAGUUAGAAGUAGGAUCCGUAUUGUGGCUGGAGGAUUCAGAUUUGCAAAAGGGUUAUCAGAUAAAAGAAGUCAUCACCACUGGUGAAUUGACAUAUUACAUUGCAUCUUAUGUUGAAGAGCCAGCAAAAAAUCUUUUUCUGUAUGUGGGUUCUCAUCUUCUGGAACCUGCUUGGGAAGAUAUGAACUUGUGGUAUCAAGUUCAGAGGCAGACAAAGGUAUUGACAGUAAUGAAACAGAAAGGUCUUUCAAGCAAAUAUAUCCCUCAACUGAGUGCAUCUGGUAGGAUUAUUCACCCUGGUCAGUGUCAAAGACCUAACUCAGGUGGAAAUUGCGACCACCCUUGGUGUGGGACUCCUAUUCUUGUGACCAGUCCUGUUGGUGAAACAGUUGCUCAAAUGGUGAGCAAAGGCCAAUUUGGCUCGGAUGAGGCUAUUAGAUGUUGCCAUGACUGCUUAUCAGCACUCUCAACAGCUGCUUCUGCUGGAAUUCGACAUGGGGACAUAAGGCCUGAGAAUGUAAUUUGCGUAAAGUCUGGUGUGAGGCAUCCUUAUUUUGUUCUAAUUGGUUGGGGGCAUGCAAUUCUUGAAGAUAGGGAUCGCCCUGCUAUGAACCUUCAUUUCUCUUCAACUUACGCACUUCAGGAAGGAAAGCUGUGUUCGGCUUCAGAUGCAGAAAGCCUAGUGUAUAUGCUUUAUUUUUCAUGUGGUGGGGCCUAUCCUGAACUAGAUUCAGUUGAGGGAGCACUGCAAUGGAGAGAGACGUCUUGGUCAAGGAGAUUAAUUCAGCAAAAGCUUGGUGAUAUCUCUACAGUGCUGAAAGCUUUUGCUGACUAUGUUGACAGUCUGUGUGGAACACCAUAUCCCAUGGACUAUGAUAUAUGGCUAAGAAGGCUGAGGAGAAAUAUUCAUGAUGGAGAUCAUGGAAAAGAAAUCGAUGCUACCGGCUAGGCUUUCUAAUUGAUUCCAACUCCAGGAAAGAGCACUGUUGAUCAUCUAUGACAUGUUUCUCAUUGCAAUGAUUGAAUUUUUUGGUGGUAAAUAAAACUUGGAAACCAAUGGUUUCAUACUUUGAUCACAUAAAUCUGAUCGGAGGCAUUUGGGGAGCAUGAGAU